CCCAGGGCCCCGGCCGUUGCUGUGGCAACGCGCAGGCAAACCGGCCGCAGGGCCUCCCGCUGCCGGCGGGCCCGCCUCCCCUCUCAGUGUCUCCGGGGGCCCAGCCGUUGGGACCUCGUAUACCCCGGGUCUGGUGUUCGGGGUGAUCCCGGUCUGCCCAGUUUCAGCUCCACCUUCUCACCUCCACCCAUCCUGGGACCUGACCCCUUUUGGAAGUUUAAAGUGAACUUACUGUAGGCUCUCAUGUGUGAAUAUAAGUAUAGUGCAUCAGUACUGUAAAGACCUCACCAACUGGAAGUUACAGUUUUCACCAUCAGCUUACCUUAUCCCUUUUGGUCUGGUUCUUUUCCUCAAAGAGUGGAAACUUCUUUCCUUCAAGUUGCUUUAGUUGCAGAGUUAAGCAAAUGGCCAAUAGUGGGUUUGGUAAACAAUGUGCAAAAUGCUCCAACUGUUCAUCUACUUCUAAGCAAGAUGUACUGUAUGUAUGUGCCUGUAGAAGAAGGCUUUCUCCAAUCUCUGUGGUGGAAAUGUCCCAAGAAUCAAGCAUGGGCAGCUCAGAAUAUGAAGUUUCAGCAGACAGAAGAAAAGAAAACCAACCCAUCACAGAUAGUGCCUCUGGGAAAGUUAUGCCCUCGAAAACCUCCAAUGUGGAGAGAAAAACGUCUCAACAACAAUGGAGUCGGGGAAACAUUACAGAAGGAAAAGUUCCUCACAUAAGGAUGGACAACGGAGCUGCUAUUCGGGAAAUCUAUACCUUUGGAAGAAUAUUGGGACAAGGGAGCUUUGGAAUGGUCUUUGAAGCUACAGACAAGGAAACAGAAACUAAGUGGGCAAUUAAAAAAGUGAACAAAGACAAGGCUGGAAGCUCUGCUGUGAAGCUACUUGAACGGGAGGUGAAUAUCCUGAAAAGUGUGAAACAUGAACAUAUCAUACAUCUGGAACAAGUGUUUGAGACGCCUAAGAAAGUGUACCUGGUGAUGGAGCUUUGUGAGGAUGGAGAACUCAAAGAAAUUCUGGAUAGGAAAGGGCAUUUCUCAGAGAAUGAGACAAGGUGGAUCAUUCAAAGUCUCGCAUCAGCUAUAGCAUAUCUUCACAAUAAGGAUAUAGUACACAGAGAUCUAAAACUGGAAAACAUAAUGGUCAAAAGCAGCUUUACUGAUGAUAACAACGAAAUGAACUUAAAUAUAAAGGUGACUGAUUUUGGCUUAGCUGUGAAGAAGCAGGGUAGGAGUGAAGCCAUGCUGCAGACCACAUGUGGGACUCCUAUCUAUAUGGCCCCUGAAGUUAUCAAUGCCCACGACUAUAGCCAGCAGUGUGACAUUUGGAGCAUAGGUGUCAUAAUGUACAUUCUAUUAUGUGGAGAACCACCCUUUUUGGCAAGCUCAGAAGAGAAGCUAUUUGAGCUAAUAAGAAAGGGAGAACUACAUUUUGAAGAUCCAAUCUGGGAUUCCAUAAGUGAUUGCACUAAAAGUGUGUUGAAACAACUUAUGAAAGUAGACCCUGCUCACAGAAUCACAGCUAAGGAACUUCUAGAUAACCAGUGGAUAACAGGCAACAUACUUUCUUCAGCAAGACCAACCAAUGUGUUAGAAAUGAUGAAACAAUGGAAAAAUAACCCAGAAAGUGAUGAGGAAGACACAACACAUCCAGAGAAAAACUGGUCCAUUCAAGAAAAGUUGAAAGGUUACCAACCCAGCAGACCCAGCAGAAAUGUCCAGAACACCAGUAGCACUUCAGAUGAAGAGGAGGAAAAACAGAAAAUUCUGAGGAUAAUCUUAAGUUACCUUAUCCAAGAAGAAAACACCAGAGCCUCUAAUGCGUUUGGGAAAAAGAAAAAAUCAUCUACAUCACUACACCUGCCCACAGAGACUGUCUCUGAGUAUUUCUUUCUGGUGACUGCAACUUCUGAGUCUACUUUAAUGACUCAAGUCCAUUAACAAAUGGAACCAUGAAGAAGAAUGGAAGUGUUGAGCUGCAUAUGAAUAUAAAUACAUUAAAAAGAAAAUGGCUGAAUCUGUGUUCCUAUUCUGUAGAAGAGUAGUUGUAGUGGACGUGUUCAAAGACAUUUCCUCAACUACUUGGAUGAUCACUCAAAAGGUGGAAAAUCAAAAGAGUGAAGGUUACACUUAGAUUCACCUUUUAAUAGGAUUAAACUUUCAUGAAUUGAAAUUUCCAAGAUAGGUUUCCUGUCUUUGGGAUCAGUGCUAUUCUAAACAACGCAGCUUCUCUCCGGCCGGUUACUGGAGCAUUAGGGGAGUUCACCCUCACUAUAUUGCUGAACAUGGGAGUUUUCAGUGAGAGGAUACAAUCUAUGUUACGGAAUGCUGAUGCAUUUUCAGUAUUUUCUAUUUUGUGAAAGAAUACACAGAGAAGCAAUGUAGACAUUUUCGUGGGUGAAACAAAUCUAUAGAGAAAAGGACUUUUUUACAUUUCUAAAUUUAUACAAAUUAAUUUUUUUCAAUGUACAAAAUUACCAGCUCAAGAAUUAGCAGACAUGGUUAGGAAGUCCUACAUGAGUGAUGUUCUGAAGAGACGCAUAUUUAAGGCCUGUCUGCAAUAAGCAAAUGUCAGGUAAAUGUUCUCUUUCUUUAAAUACAGGUACCAAAAAUCGUAAAUGACCCGAAGUUCUGCUGCUGCCCUGGGAGGUCACUUAUUCAUUGAACAAAUAUAUAUUAAGUGCCUACUACCGGGCAUAAAACAUGGCCAUUUGUAUCACAAGGGCCUGAGUGAUCAAAGAAACACCAGGUUUAUUUGUACAGGGUUACAUGUAGUCUUUUCAGAUUCUUUGAAAAUUGUUAACCUGAUUACUGAUCCAGAUGUAGAGUAACUUUGCGUUUGCCAGAGCGUUAAACUUACGAGCCCUUCCCAGACCAUUUUGUGUCUGUGAGACCUGCUGUAUCUAUUCUCCCCUGUCUCAUCCCCCACCUUGCUUGUGUCCCCUUCUCCUAAUACGUUCUCUGCUCUUUUAGAACUCGGUGCUCAGCUUCAUUUCAUGAGGAGUGCUCACUUCUUUUUUGUUGUCAUUGCUAAGUUUAUUUAUUUAUUUAUUUAGAGUAUGCAAGUGGGGGAGGGGCAGAGAGGAAGAGAGAGAGAAUCCCAAGCAGGCU